UGUCCAAAGACCUCGAUAAAUGAGACCUCAAACGAUGGCUGUGAGAGUUCACACGCGGGCGUGGAUUUCCUCACACCAUCCACGCAAAACCCUCAUAGCCUCUUCACGAAACAGCAUCGAGUAAGCCUGCAUCCUGGCACAGGAAAUCCAAAGCAUCGCUCUCCACUAUUACGCGACCGAGCCUACUCUGUCACUGUUGCGCAUCUGCAAAACAAAACCACGAGAAGCAGCCUACCCUUCUUCUCCAAGCAGCGUCUCAGCAUCGCUCUGCACUUGAAACGGCCAGGAAUUAAACGCUCAAAUGAGGCAAAAGCCAUCCGAACCCUUGGCGUAAUCAUGGGUGUUUUCUGCAUUUGUUGGCUGCCAUUCUUCAUCGUCGCGCUGGGUCGACCUCUCUACAAUUACAUACAUAACACUGAAAAGGACAUUGAUCCCCGUCUCAGCUGCUUCUUCCUGUGGCUUGCUUCUGUUUGCCUCUUGACAAUCACUCAGAUGCACGUGAUUAUGACAAAGCUACGAUCACAGCUCAGUGACAGGUCAACGUUUAUCACGAGGAGAGUGACUGGACUUCCUCGUCGUCUAUGA